AUGAUAGCCGUUGAGCUUUCCAGAUACCUUGGUGGCACCAUCCCUGAUUUUAUUUCUGUCCUUUACGAAAUUCUUGAGCAGUGGUGGGGCAAAGGAAGGAACUUUGGCGUCGACUCGAACAACAUAUAUCACAGUUCUAUGGAUAGCUUUGGCAAGAUGGUUUAUUCUGAUACAACUAAACUGGGUUGCUCUUAUCAACUAUGUUUCAACGAUGGCCAGGCUUGGAUAAACUUUAUUUGUCUCUACAAUGCGAUGUGA